AUGGAGGUCUACAUUGAUGACAUGUUGGCUCAUCAAAUCGUGGUGGGCACCUCCUUCCCCAUCGAGCCAGUCCUUCAUAAGCCAGAAGGGUCUGGACGACUAGCAAAAUGGGCUAUAGAGCUGGGGGAAUACGACGUGAUCUUCCGGCCUGCAACAGCCAUCAAAUCGCAAGUCCUAGCAGAUUUUGUAGCCGAAUUCUCCCCUGCCAUGCUUCAAGCCCUGGAACAAGAGAUAAAGUUUCAUGACAGUGAAGGGGAGAAAGGCGAAUGGACACUAUACGUUGAUGGAUCUAGUAACGUAAGGGGCGCAGGUGUGGGACUACUCCUAACUUCCCCCACGGGGGAAUCAGCCUCAAGGGCCGUACGUUACAACUUCAAAGAAACGAACAACGAAGCCGACUAUGAAGCUCUAAUAGCGGGGCUGACACUCGCCAAACAGAUGGGGGUAGAAGACAUCCAGGUCUUCAGCGACUUACAACUGAUCAUAAGCCAAGUCAAAGGAGACUAUCAGGCGAAAGAUCCGAGUAUGAUCAGAUAUCUAUCCGUGGCUAAGCGACUACUCGACAGGUUCCGACACUGUAAGCUCACCCAGAUCCCUAGGGAGCACAAUUCCCAGGCUGAAGCUCUAGUUAAUCUAGGGUCCACCCUGGAAACUACGAGUCAUAUGAGCAUCCCACUACGGUUACUCCAAUGGCCCGCGACCGAAAAGGAGACGGAACCUGAAGAAGUAUCUGUGGUAGACGAAGGAGAGACAUGGAUGACGCCCAUCAUUUACUAUCUAAGGUACGACACCUUGCCUGAGGACCGAGACGAAAGUCGGAAGAUAAGGCGUCAAGCUACAAGGUAUUGCUUUUCCGAGGGGAAACUAUAUCGAAGAUCCUUCUCAGGACCCUAUCUACGAUGUCUUACCCCUAGAGAAGCCGCCAGGAUACUGGAAGAACUUCACGAAGGAGAGUGCGGUUCCCACUCUAGUGGUCGGAGCCUGUCAAAGCUUGAUGAGCUAUCACCUCUCGAAGCUGAGUACGAAGGAAGAGGAUCUCCUCGUGCAAAGAAAUACGCCGGCGUGGACCAAACAAUCUGUUAUUUCCUGCAUUCCUCAGGGUCGAGGAAGUCGCAACUGAAGAGACAAAAGAAGGCGAUGCAUAAGAUCGUCUCCUCUGAGGAUUGGCCCUACAAUAUUCAUUAUACACCAAUGAUAUUGAAGCUCCAGGAGUCCCACCUAAAAAUCAGCAGAGCAAAGGGUCAUAACCGAUUCAAUGACUGCUUAAGAGAAAGAAAAACUGUUUUACCCCAAAUACGACAAUGGCAUAAAGACAUCCGGCUCAUCAGAAAUAAAAUCCAACGGUAUUGCCUGGGAAUGUCCCUUGCCAGCUUCACCAUAAUCUCAUCAGCAGGGAAUACCGGUCGGAAGAUCUCUGCAAAAACAUUACGUGAGGUGGGAUAG